AGAUUGUAAGAAGAUACAUUUUAGAAAUAGGAGGGGUUUAUUACUUUGUGGUUGUGGUAAAUAGGGACGACCGUCUGUGUGCGCUGUCAGAUUAGAGUUUAAUCCGUGGGGUUACGGUCAGAACGGGAACAAUAGCUAGUUACACCUGGAACAGGGCUCGAUAACCGCGAGGAAACGCUGGUUUAAAAGCGACAGGUUUUAUUGAUGAGUCAUCUAAGUAAAUCCAAGCAAUUUGAUGAUGAGGUUACUGACUAACGUUUAUAUUAGCAUUCAAAUGGAUUGCAAGUGAUUUGUCAAUCUAAUACCCAGCUAGUUUGCUAGCUAACUCUUAAAAUCGAAUUAAAUUUAUCCACUAAGUAAAUAGUGAAGACUUUUGCUACACGGGACAAUCACCACUUCUCUGUUUUCUAUGGUCCAUAUCAAUUUGUGACAUUUUGACACGGAUUAACGCUGUUAGUAAUCGAACCUAAUCAAAUCAAUCCUCUCGGAAAGAAAACAAAUCUCUAGUCACUCUCAUAACUUCAAGACGGAGUAACCAGCUAGCGCUGCAAACUAGCUAGUAAAACUAGCUCAUCAAACUUGGUCCUGAGUGGAGACCAGACGGAACUAACAUGUCUGGAAAAGACAAAGACAAGGAGAACGCCGGAGAAAAACAAUCUACAACUGAGCGGCUCGUAAAAGCCGUGCCGUACCCUCCCCAGCAGCGUCUCUCUAUGAAGGAGCUGUUUGAGGAUGGCAAGCCCAACGCAGAGACGCUCCGCACCCACCUAGUGAAGGAGGGCCGGCUGGAGGAAGAGGUGGCCCUCCGGGUCAUCAACGACGGCGCCAACAUCCUGAGACAGGAGAAAUGCAUGCUGGAGGUAGAGGCACCCAUCACAGUGUGUGGAGAUGUCCACGGCCAGUUCUUUGACCUAAUGAAGCUGUUUGAAGUGGGAGGCUCGCCCAGCAACACACGUUAUCUUUUCCUUGGAGACUACGUAGACCGAGGCUACUUCAGUAUUGAGUGUGUGCUGUACCUCUGGUCACUCAAGAUCAAUCACCCGACCACACUCUUCCUCCUGCGAGGGAACCACGAGUGCCGGCACCUCACAGAGUACUUCACCUUCAAACAGGAAUGUAAGAUCAAGUACUCAGAGCGCGUGUACGAUGCCUGCAUGGAAGCCUUUGACUGCCUGCCGCUCGCUGCUCUCCUCAACCAACAGUUCCUGUGUGUACAUGGUGGGCUCUCGCCAGAAAUCAACUGCCUAGACGACAUUAGGAAAUUAGACAGGUUUAAGGAGCCUCCAGCAUUCGGCCCUAUGUGUGACCUGAUCUGGGCUGACCCAGGAGAGGACUACGGCAGUGAGAAGACCGCAGAACACUUCAACCACAACUCUGUUCGAGGCUGCUCCUACUUUUUCAGUUACCCGGCAGUAUGUGACUUUUUGAUAAAUAAUAACUUGCUGUCGGUAAUUAGAGCACACGAAGCACAGGAUGCAGGGUAUCGGAUGUACAGAAAAAGCCAGACUACAGGCUUUCCUUCAUUAAUUACAAUCUUCUCAGCACCAAAUUACCUAGAUGUAUACAACAAUAAAGCUGCUGUAUUAAAGUAUGAGAACAAUGUGAUGAACAUUCGGCAGUUCAACUGCUCCCCCCACCCCUACUGGCUGCCCAACUUCAUGGACGUCUUCACCUGGUCUCUGCCCUUUGUCGGAGAGAAAGUGACAGAGAUGCUGGUGAAUGUGCUGAACAUCUGCUCAGAUGAUGAACUCAUGUCAGAAGGAGACGACCUGUGUGAAGAAGAUGGUGGAAUCCCAGCAGUGCGCAAGGAGGUGAUCCGGAACAAGAUCCGAGCCAUCGGGAAAAUGGCCAGAGUCUUCUCUGUUCUCAGGGAGGAGAGUGAGAGUGUGCUGACACUCAAAGGACUGACCCCCACUGGGUCGCUGCCUCUAGGAGUGUUGUCAGGGGGCAAAGAGACCUUGCAUACCGCCGCCGCUGAGGCAGCGGAGGCAAAAGCUAUUCAAGGCUUCUCUCCCACGAGGAAGAUCAAGGACUUUGCGGAGGCGCAGAGCCUGGACAAAGUCAACGAGAGGAUGCCUCCACGCAAGGAUGGCCAGCAGCCGGUCAACCCAAAUGCCCCCAAGAAUGGCACAGACUAGGCCCGGAGAGUGACCCCCCUCUCAUCCUCACCAGACACAGGCCAUGGCCCUGUCUCAUACACCAAAACUAUCUUCUCUCGCUCUCUGUUUUCUAUCUCCCUCAUUCUCGCUCUCGCUCUCUCUCUCUCUCUCUCUCUAUCUCUAUCUAUCUAUCUAUCUCUCUGUCCCAUUGUGACUCUUCACCCAGCUGGCCUAUAGUUGGACAAGCACAGGACAUGUAGGUAGGGAAGACACCACCACACUGGGAGAAUGGUUUCAGCCACCACAGAGUACAACCAUGAAAAUAAACAAAAAAACAAUUUUAUUUAUUAAAUUAAUAAUAUUAGGUAUAUUAUGUAAUGCUACAAUUGAAUGAACACAUACAUUUCUAAGAUGUUCAAAUAAGCAUAUAACUAUGGUAAAUGUCAAAGAUAAAGACCAUUUUGUAAAUUUGAGUUGAGGAUUGAGGUAGCUAGUAAAGGAGACCUUAUCCUUUAUUAGUCAAUGCAAGUGUUUCUACUGUUAUUUUAUGUGCUUUGCAAGGGAAAGUUGACUGAAUCUACAGAUAUCUACAGUUUGUGUGCUCUCAUACACGUUGUCCAUUUAAAAAAAUAUAUGUGUGUUAAGUAGAGAGAAAAUAAUGAAGGGAACGAUUUGACACCAUUGCAGAAGAUUAUUUUAUACCUCCAGCAGAAGUUCAGUAGAACUGUUUUGUUCUUUCAUCCAAUUUCUUUGGUAAAAACCUUGAAACCACUGAAUGCUAUUUAUGCUGCUUUGGGUCAACUUGUUGCUCCUAUAUUUUAUAGUUAGGUUAAACAGGAUUUAAUUUGACAGCCUUUAGUCAAUCCUUGAGAAACUGCACAGAAUUUCCAAAUGAUAAUGUCAAAGAAUGAAAAAAAGACCAUGACAGAAUCGAUCCUAGUUUGCUACGAUCAUUGAUGUGAUGUAUCAAUGGGCGGUGAUUCAUUUUUCUAGUGCUAGGUGUUCUAAAUAGUUUUUUGAUAGUUGUUGUUUGCAAGCUGUCACUAACCAACUGUUACUUAGUGUGUUUAACUGAGGUCAGUUGGGGGGGGUUUAUAUAAUAUAUACACUGUGUGUACAAAACAUUAGGAACACCUUCCUAAUAUCGAGUUGCACCCCCUUUUGCCCUCAAAGCAGCAUCAAUUCGUCGGGGCAUGGACUCUACAAGGUGUUGAAAGCGUUCCACAGGGAUGCAGGCCCAUGUUGACCCCAAUGCUUCCCACAGUUGUGUCAAGUUAGCUGGAUGUCCUUUGGGUGGUGGAUCAUUGUUGAUACACACGGGAAACAGUUGAGCAUGAAAAACCCAGCAGUGUUGCAGUUCUUGACCCACUCAAGCCGGUGCGCUUGGCACCUAUUACCAUACUCUGUUCAAUCCAUGUCUCCGUUGUCUCGAGGCUUAAAAAUCCUCCUUUAACCUGUCUCCUCCCCUUCAUCUACACUAAUUUGAAGUGGAUUUACAAGUGACGUCAAUAAGGGAUCAUGGCAUUCACCUGGUCAGUUUAUGUAAUGGAAAGAGCAGGUGUUCUUAAUGUUUUGUACACUCGGUGUAGAUAUUCUGCAAAGGCAAAGUUUGAUUCAAAAGGGAUAUAGGCCGACAGUAUGUAUUGAAGACAGCCACCGGUACCUUGGGUGUGUGGUGCCCCCAUUUGGUUAGCUUUUCUGGGACAUUGAGCAGGGAGCGGCCUACUAUUCUUGAGUGAUGUGCUGAAUGUGGAAGGAAGAAAGUCCUCAUGGUGAAGAAACAUACUAAACACAAGGGAAGAACAACCAGUGGUGUCUUCUCAAUGCCCUCCGUGACAAGAUGGUGGAGAAAUCUUUCCCAUGGAGCAAAUGGUAACGCCACAGAUAUGUCCCAAAAUGAACUGAAGCUUCUUCGUGUUCAUUAUUUUAUGUUUUAAGAUUUAAAAAAAAUCUCUGUUGAAAUAAUAAUGACGCUUAAUUUGAUUUCAUAUUGCUUUCCUUGUCAACGCUACAUAAAGGAAAUAUUUGGGGCGUUUCUUGACAAAAGCUGUGUCAAUGUCUCCAUCUACUGUUGAUUUGAUGCAGAUGCGUUCAAAUGACUCCAAUGUUGGAAACGUAAGGGAAAGCUGGCCUCCAAAUUGGCUCCAAUUCAAUGUUUUAGUUGCUAGCAGUUUGAGGAAAGCAGUACCCCGAAGAGGAGUGGAUUGAGUCAUCCAGUGAGACGCUGUGAAGAUUGAUGUUAUCGGAAUUUCCAUUCUUUUUAGUGGCUCUUUGUCCAUCCUAUGAGUUAUCUCCCCCUAUGACAGUUUUCACUAUCUGUGGUAGAAUCAAAGCUGUGGACCUACAGUGUCUCUACAUUGAUCAUGUAGUAAUGUCUGAUGGUUCUUCUGAAUUAAUUUGAUUGUGAGUAUUAUAUGGUCUUAACAUAUACAUAGUAAUUGUUCCUCCAUGGCAGGAACUGACCCUCCAUGGCAGGAACUGACACUACUUUUAUAACACCCGCUCUCAACCCUUUAAGGUUUGACUUGAUUCUUUAGGACUUGUGACUUAAUGAACCGGUGCUUAGUUUUAGCCCUAGAUUUUUGGGGGCUACAACUGCUUGUCUGACACUCCUCCCGUCGCGCCACAUGUAGUUAUUCUAUUGUGUUUUAUCAUUCAAGAAGAGCUUUUAAGAUUUUUAUUCUCAUGUGAAUUUUCCCUUUUAUAAUAUAUAUAUUGUAAGGCUUUUAAACGAGUUGCAUUCAAUGUGCCAUGCCACUACCAAAACACACGCCAACACCUGUGUGUGACUGGUGAGGAGAAGGGAAAUCAGAAUGUCCCAUUCUUGUGUUCAGCAGUGGUCAUGGAGAGAUCUUGGCGCCUGUUUCAACUCAACAUGGGUCAGGUUUAUCUGAGUUGUGUCAUGGCCCAGAUACUUUUGUUUUUUAUUUAAAAAUGUGAUUUGUUUCUCUUCCCUGUAUUGUGCUCCGAGUUAGGGGAUGUACAGGCCCCGUAGGAGGGCCGUAUUUCUCACCUCUUGUCAGUUUCUAAACAUAUCUCGAAUGUACAAAAAUAUUUGUAAUUAAAGUCUCUUAAUAGCUGUAAAAAAAGGGUGAGGAAAAAUAAGUCCAGUGCUUGUCAUGCAAGGCCAUGAAAUCUAUGUAGAUGUAUCACUUAAAAAAAUAAAAUUUAAAUGCAAUGUU